AUGUUGAACACCGUUCCUCCCGACUCGGCAUACACCGGCGGCUCCGGCUCCGGCACCGGUUCCCGCUCACGUUUGCGCGGACUUUCAUACUCAUAUCUGAGAACCCACCUGCAUCGUUCCGACGCCCCUCCACCUGCUCUUCCGCCAGCACUCACGCGAUCCUCUUCGUCACCGGGAUACACCAGCAUCCCAUCGUCAGCGGUACCGGGAACGGCACUCGUGAGCGCCACCAGCACGAGCAACGCACGGGGUCUGGCGUCUGCAAUACAGAUCAGCGAGCCCGGUAGGGUUAGCAACACAAUCCCCUCCACCUCGAAUCACACCUCCGCUGCUGCUUCAACCACCACCGAGGCUGCAGUGCCGCAUACGACCAUACACAGUACCGCAGAUGAAAUGACUCGCAGUCGCAACGUGAGCACCAUGCCGACUCCUUUACAGUCCACCGACCAGCAGGUCGUCGAGCCGCUUCCAGCCAUAGCAUCAUUACCUACGGCAUCCAGGGAUCCGCAGCCCAGCAUCCGUUUUAUCCCACAUGUCGAGGCUCGAUCCUCGCGACCAUCUCUUCAAUUCACCGCCUUAUCGCGCACACUCAAGACGCCGACUUCGUUGGUACGCGUGGGCCGCUAUUCCGAGCGAGACCAGAACAAUACGGCUGCACACGGACAGGACGCGGCCAGCCUACCUGUGGGGUUCAAAUCCAAGGUUGUUAGCAGAAGACAUUGCGAGUUCUGGUGUACUGCAGGACAGUGGUAUAUCAAGGACGUCAAGUCUUCUUCCGGCACAUUUUUGAAUCACGUGAGACUCUCAGCACCGGGUGUGGAGAGCAGACCCUAUCCCGUGAACGACGGUGAUGUCGUACAGCUGGGAAUCGACUUCAAGGGUGGGGAGGAAGUCAUCUUCCGUUGUGUGAAAAUCCGCGUGGAGUGCAAUCGAGGGUGGCAGAAGAGUCUGAACUCUUUCAAUACAACCGCCCACAAGAAGCUGUUCAAAUCCGCAGGCUUGACCAAGAACGCAAAGGCCGUGCGAGACUCGGAUGCAAUGUCCAUCAACUCUUCCUCGGAAUGUUCGAUAUGUCUCAACCCCGUGGCACCUUGCCAGGCAUUAUUUGUUGCACCGUGCAGUCAUGUGUGGCAUUACAAAUGCGUGCGAAACCUCAUUCACGGGCCGAACUGGCCGAACUUUCUGUGUCCCAAUUGCCGAUUCGUGGCGGAUUUGGAGGCAGACGUCGAGCAGCCGGAAGAAGACGAUUCGUGGGAAGUGGCGGCGGGCGAGGAAGACUUACUGCGAGCUGUCGAGGGAAGUGAUGGUGGCAGCUUUAUUGAAGCAGAGGCGGCGCUGAGUUCACCACUGGUGGUCACCAACGGCAGCGCACAUGACAACAACGAGAACGGRUCAGACACUCCUCCCAGGAUCAGAAAUACACAACGCGUCUCUUCGGACGAUGACCUGACGAGACUACUCCGUCAAACCCAUCUUGCAUCUACCGAGCAGGAUGCCAAGACAUCUCCUCCACUGCACACAGAGUCAACAGCCUCUCGGACACGACCAAUACGGAUAGCAAACCGUUCGCAGGCAUCAUCAGACGACCCAGUGGGUGCAAGAUCCACCACUCCGACAUCUCACACCCAAUUCGCACUCUCAGCGGGAGCACACAAUCCACUCGUCGAUGGUCCGAUGACUCCGCGCAACGAUGCGGGUCCCUUUGUUUUUGAUGGAAGCGCUGGACGACUAGAGCAACUCGACAGCAGUAUUUUGGGGCAGCCUGUGGCUGAGGUCAGUGAGCCUGCCACUCCCGAGGACGGUGCAAGGUGA